UAUCCUUUCUCCUUACUUAAACAUAGGGCUGGGAUUCUGGAAAAGCCAUGGUACCUUAUAUUCCUUUGUUUCUAUAAGCAGGGAUUUCUCAUUUUGACCUGAGUAUCUUCUCCAUGUUGGAGCAAGGGAAAGAGCCCUGGACUGUAGAGAGCCAAGUGCAAAUAGCAAGAAAAUCAGAUGAAUGGAAACUGAUCAAAGGUGUGAUGGCAGAAACUGGCUUUCAACAUACGCAUACACAACAUACACACUUCCAUUUCCUGUGGAAGUCUGGAUCUGUGCUCAGAUCUCUCUCCUGAAUUUGUAAUACAAAAUGUACCACCAAAAGGGAAGACCAGUGCAGGAGAAGAAGUCCUUGCACUUCACAGGAGAAUGCAUACUGGAGAAAAAUCUUACAAAUGUAAUGAGUGUGGCAGGGCCUUUGGUAGAAAUGUAGACCUUGAACGUCACAAGAGAACACAUACUGGAGAAAAACCUUACAAAUGUAAUGAGUGUGGCAGGGCCUUUGGUAGAAAUGUAGACCUUGAACGUCACAGGAGAACACAUACUGGAGAAAAACCUCACAAAUGUAAUGAAUGUGGCAAGGCCUUUGCUCAAAAUUCAAAACUUGUUAGCCAUCAAAGUAUUCACGGUAUAGAGAUACCUUACAAGUGUUAUGAGUGUGGCAAAACCUUUAGUGUACAUUCAAGACUAACUGUCCAUCAGGCAACCCAUACUGGAGAGAACUCUAACAAAUGUAAUGAGUGUGGCAAGGCCUUUACUCGAAAUGUAGACCUUGUAGUUCACAGGAGAACACAUACUGGAGAAAAACCUUACAAAUGUAAUGAGUGUGGCAAGGCCUUUACUCGAAAUGCAGACCUUGUAGUUCACAGGAGAACACAUACUGGAGAAAAACCUUACAAAUGUAAUGAGUGUGGCAAGGCCUUUACUCGAAAUGUAGACCUUACACUUCACAGGAGAAGGCAUACUGGAGAAAAACCUUACAAAUGUAAUGAAUGUGGCAAGGCCUUCGCUGCAAAUUCACAGCUUGUACGUCACAGGAGAGGGCACACUGGAGAAAGACCUUACAAAUGUUACGAAUGUGGGAAGGCUUUCACGUGUAAUGGCUCCCUUGUCAUCCAUAGAAGAAUUCAUACUGGUGAGAAACCUUACAAGUGUUAUGAAUGUGGGAAAGCCUUUAGGGCUCGUACAAUCCUAACUAACCAUCAGGUAAUCCAUACUGGAGGAGAACCUAACAAAUGUAGUGAGUGUGGCAAGGUCUUCUCUCGAAAUAAAUACCUUGCACGUCACAGGAGAAGGCAUACUGGAGAAACACUUUACAGAUGUAAUGAGUGUGGCAGGACCUUCAGUGGAAGUUGGCACCUUGUUAGGCAUAAAAGUAUUCACAAUGGAGAGAAACCGUACAAGUGUUAUGAGUGUGGCAAAGCCUUUCGUCUUCAUUCAAGCCUAACUACCCAUCAGAUGAUCCAUACUGGAGAGAAACCUUACAGAUGUAAUGAGUGUGGCAAGGCCUUCACUCAAAAUUCACAGCUUACAUGUCACAGGAGAUGGCACACUGGAGAAAAACCUUACAGAUGCCAUGAGUGUGGCAAGGCCUUCAUUCGAAGUGGACACCUUAGAUGUCACAAGAGAACACAUACUGGGGAAAAACCUUUGAAAUGUAAUGAGUGUGGCAAGGCCUUCACUCAAAAUGGGCACCUUGUUAGGCAUCAAAGUAUUCACAAUAGAGAAAAACCUUACAAGUGUUAAGAGUGUGGCAAAGCCUUUAGUGUACAUUCAAGACUAUCCAUCAGGCAAUCCAUACUGGAGAGAAACCUUACAAAUGUAAUGAGUGUGGCAAGGCCUUUAGUCAGAAAUCAGCCCUUAAAAUCCAUCAGGUAAUCCAUACUGGAGAGAAACCUUACAAAUGUGAUGAGUGUAGCAAGGCUUUCAGAUGGAAAUCAGCCCUUAAAAUCCAUCAGAUAAUGGAUAUUUGAGAUAAACCUUACAAAUGUAAUAAAUGAAACAAGGCCUUCAUUCAAAAUUCACAGCUUGUAAAUCAAAGUAUUCACAGUGGAGAGACACCUUACAAACGUAAUGAGGGUGGGAAAGCCUUUAGACUGCAUUCAUUGCUCACUGUGCAUCAGACAGUCGAUACUGUUGGGAAGUAGAGUUGAGAGACAUGGAAAGUUUCAGGAGUUGAGCAACGCUUUGACUUGAAAUCUGUUGGUGAAUUAGUUCACAAACAGAAGCUGCUUAGCAUUAAGGGGUAAUUUCACUGAUCAGGGGAAACUGCAAGGUGGUGCUUGCAGCUUGUGCAAGGCAGAGCUUGGCGUGGAGCUAAAAGUUAAGAAAUGUGAUCAAGGGAUGUCAACAAAACAAACAACCUGCCACUGGAACUAUCAUAAACUUGAAGGCUGUUGCUGCUUGACUCCUGACUCGUUAUUUAGAGAAAUGGAUUAGAUAACUAUGCAGGCUCAGUGUUACUGUUUUAUGUGUUACUGCUUAAUUAACAAUUUAACUUUAACUUGUAUACAGAACCAUGUCUAUUCUAAACUUAGGGCUUAAAAUGUUUAUCUCGGGAAAAUGUUGUAACCAAUUACUCUUUUAUCUCUUGAUACCUUUGGGGGGCCUUGAAACCUAAACGAAUAAUCUGUACACAUAAUUCUAUGACCAAGGACAACUGCUUGCCCUACCAAUUGAUACUAAUGUGAGACUUCAACCAGUGUCUCCUGGCUACCGGAGAUGCUGGAGGGCCCCUGAGUUCCCCAUGACUUUAAACUAUACUUUGUCUCUGUCUCUAUUAUUUCAAAAUCUCUUCUGACAAUCCUGCCUGGGACCCAUUUGUUGGGAGAGUAGCUAACUCCCGGCACCAUACUAGAGAAAUACCUUAUGUAAUGAGUGUGGCAAGGUCUUCACUUAAAAUAGACGCCUUUCAAGUCAUCAAGGAGUUCAUUAUGGAGAGAAAACUUAUAAGUGUAAUGAAUGUAGAAAAGCCUUUAGAUUGUUUUCAGGCCUAACUACCAAUCAGGGCAAUCCAUACUGGAGUGAAACCUUAAAAAUGUAAUGAACAUGGUAAGGUUUUGACUCAACGUUCACAACUUGCAAAUCAUCAAAGAAUUCGUACUGGUGAGAAACCUUAUAGAUGCAAUGACUGGCGGGCUCCUCAGUGAAUAAUCAAAGCUGGCAAGGCAUCACAGAAUUCAUACUUCAAAGAAACCAUACAAAUGAGUGUGGCUAGGUCUUCAGUCACAAUUCACUCCUUGCAUGACAUUGGAUAAUUCAUUCUCAAGAGAAUCCUUACAAAUGCAGACGAUGGCAGACACCUCAUGAAUUCAAGUAUUAACAUUGGAGAACUUAUGCUAAAGUAUAAUCAUUUAAUCGUACAUGGAAGAGGCUUUUUUCAUUCCUCAUAACCCACUGGGCAUCAAAAUACACAUCUUUGAUGAAGCCACACAAAUGUAACAUGCAUGUUGUGGCUAUUACCCAGUGGCCAUAAAUGUAAUGAGGAUUUGUAUGAGGAAUGAUUCAAUCUCUAAUUCUCCAUGGUUAACCUUUGAUAUUACAUACUGUAAAAUAAUUCUAAGUCCAAAUGUGUUAAAACUUAUGGCAUGAUAUAUAUCACAGUGUCAGGACAUUUAGAGAUGGCCAAUUACCUCAAAGUUACAAAAUAUUGUAGUCAUUUAUUUGAGGAUUCUUGAAAAGGCUACUUAACUACUCAUAACUUUCAACUUGAACUUUGAAAUUUUGCUAUUACGCCUUUUUCAAAAGCCUUUAAUUGUGACCCGUGGGAAAGAAUCCAUUGCAUGGCAGGGCCUGCUUUAGGGGUGAGGAUCACUUGUAUCUAUGUUCCUGUAAGAAGAAGGAUGCUGCCAUUGAAUAUUAAAUACUAUCUGAAUUAGUAUUGGGGAGGGGCAGAGAAUAAUGUAAAAGUAUGAUGUCACUUAUAUUGCUCAUUGUGUUCAAGGUUCUCUUCUGACAGGAGGGCAGUGUAGGUUAAGGGAGACAGAGAUUAAUCAAGUGACCAUAAUUUAGAGCAGAUCAAUAAAUUGGCUACUCAAGUGGUUGACUUCCAACAAGUGGUUGGAAGCUGUAAAAGUAAAUUAGACUCUCGCAAAUCGAAUAUCAAUUUUGUGUUACACCUCACAUAUGUAAUGAGAUUCAGUUUCCUUGGGAAAACAUUAAGAAACAUCUUCUUAAUCAAGGAAAUCUGACUGAAGAGAUUGGAAAUUUAUAUCAAGAAAUACUAAGUAUCUUUAGUCACAAACUUGAUCUAAUCUCUGAGGCUCACAUUGUUAAUAGUAUUUCAUCUGGAAUGGAGUCAGGUAACCCACUUUCUCUUAAGAUCUAUGAGAGUUCUGAUAUAAUAAAUUUUGGAAUUAUUUUAAUCAUUUGCUUGUACUUAUAGUCUGGAAAAAACUCCAAAGAAGACAAGAGUCCGGAGUCCAUUGCCUUGCAGUGAUGCCUAUCCAGCUUCAUCAACUUUUAUUAAGAAAGGGGUAGAUGCUGGGAAAUUGGGUUAAGAGACGUGGAAACUUUCUGGAGUUUUGCUGGAAUUCUGUCUUGAAAGAAUCUGUGGGCAUGUUAGUUCACAGACCAGAAGCUGCUUAGCAACAAGGGAGAUAUUCCACCAAUUAGGGAUGACUGCAAGGUGUUGCCAGUCUCAAGGCCUGUCAGCCAGCGCCUGGAGCUUAAGCAAGGCAGAGCUUGGCAUGGGGCGAAAGGCUAAGAGACUAAUCAAAGGAUGUCCACCCAGGAGACACCUGCAGCAAAAACCAAUUAGCCUCAAGGACAGUUCCUGUUUAACACCUGACUACAUGUCUCAUUAUAUAGAGAAAUAGAUUAGAGAUGUAUGCAGGCUCGGUACUCCUGUUUUAUACUACUGUUUAAUUAAUGACUUGUAUGCACAGCUAUGUAUAUUAUUUGGGGCUUAAAAUGCUUAUCUUGAAAAAGUUUUGUAACCGUUUCCUCUUGUAAAUAGAAUUAGGUAAUGGAUCUCUUGAAGCCUUUGGGAAACCUUGAAACCUAAAUGAAUGAUCUGUACACAUAAAUCUAUAAUCACUGACAACUAAUUGCUAUACCAAUAAAUACUGAUGCUGGACUUCACUCAGUGUCCCCUGGCUCAUGGGAAUGCUGGAGGACCCCUGACUUCCCCAUCACUUUAAACUAUA